AAUCCAAUCCAGCAGCAUGGAGAAGACAAGCAUCCUAAUCGUUGCCCUAGUGGCCCUUUCCGCCAUCGCAGAGGCACUUCCUUGGGGAGAACAGGGGAAUCGUCCUUUCCCCAGGCCCAAGCCCAUCCGUUUCCGCCGCCAAGUGCUCGGUGGCUCCUUGACCUCCAAUCCCGCAGGAGGUGCUGAUGCUCGUCUGGAUCUUACCAAGGGCAUUGGAAAUCCCAACCACAAUGUGGUUGGUCAGGUUUUUGCUGCUGGAAACACGCAAAGUGGACCAGUCACCACAGGAGGAACUUUGGCCUACAAUAACGCUGGGCAUGGUGCCUCUUUGACCCGAACCCACACUCCCGGAGUGAAAGACGUUUUCCAGCAGGAGGCCCAUGCCAAUCUGUUCAACAACGGCAGGCAUAAUCUCGAUGCCAAGGUGUUCGCCUCCCAGAACAAACUGGCCAAUGGCUUCGAGUUCCAGCGCAAUGGAGCCGGUCUGGAUUAUUCGCACAUCAAUGGACAUGGUGCCUCCUUGACCCACAGCAACUUCCCAGGAAUCGGCCAGCAACUUGGUCUGGAGGGACGUGGCAAUCUCUUGUCGUCGGCUGAUCGGGCCACCCGCUUGGAUCUGACGGGAUCGGCCAGCAAGUGGACCAGUGGACCUUUUGCCAACCAGAAGACCGACUUUGGCGCUGGCUUGGGUCUCUCCCACCAUUUUGGUUAAACUA